AUGUCCAUGGAACAUAAGGCUGUGAACCUGUCUCAAAUUGUUUCGCUACUGCGGCUACAGCGAAACACCUCAACGAAAAUGAUUCUGUCAGGUGGUCUAGAUGAAGCAGCACUCAAGGCCGAAGAGGACGUAUUGCAGGUGGAAGAGGAUCCAGAGGACAAGGACAUCGAAGAACUGAGGCGGGCACCUAAUUAUAGCACUUAA